AGCCGGGAGCGUGCAUCGUGGUCCAGACAGACGAACCACGCACGCUAUAAAUUCAGGGUCUUCCCUUCCUGCUUCCUCUCUUCCCUCCACUCGCAGAAACCCGUAGCACCUAACAAGAAGGAACCGAAGCUCUCUCUUUCUCUCCCGCAGGCCAGGGACUUUGCCGGAGAACUGUGAGCCAUCCCCCCCACCCCAGCUCGCUCUUCGCAACACCUCACAAGAAUCGCUAGCUGAUUCGUCUGUGUCUGUCGUCAGUGUCCGGUCCGGGGCUUGCCAUGGAGCGGAUCAUCGGAAUGGCUUCGACUGCGCUGCCGCCUUCGUCCGUCGCCGCGCUCCGCUGUCACCCGGUGCAGUUGUUGCGAGGCAGCGGUGUUUCCAAGAAGACGGAGGGAUCUGUUUCCUAUCCUUCUGUCGCAGCAUCCUUGAGAAACAGCAGCAGUUUGGGAAAUGGUGACACGCUGUUGCCAAAGAGUACUUCUGUCCGAGGACAGGACUAUCCAACCACAGACUCUGUUCGCCCUGCAGAUUCCAUUGUUGCCCCAGAAAUCAUUUCUGCCGAUCUGUUGCGUGUUGUGGACACAUUCUCGAACAUUGAUGAUGACACCGAUGAUAGCCCAACCGAGGGUUUCUCAUCCAUUUCUGAGGCUAUUGAGGACAUUCGACAAGGAAAGCUCGUGAUUGUCGUUGACGAUGAAUCAAGAGGAAAUGAAGGGGAUCUUGUAUUGGCUGCCUCUUUGGUUACUCCAGAGGCUAUGGCUUUUAUAGUAAGGCAUAGCACAGGAAUUGCGUGUGUUAGCAUGAAAGAAGAUGACCUGGAAAGAUUGAACCUUCCUUUGAUGGUUUCAACAAAGGAAAAUGAGGACAAGCUCGGUGGUGCAUUCACCAUCACAGUGGAUGCUAAAGAAGGCACAUCGACCGGGGUAUCGGCAGAAGAUAGAGCAAAGACAGUCCUAACUCUUGCAUCUCCUCACUCGAAGCCUGAAGAUUUCAAGCGACCUGGCCAUAUUUUUCCUCUGAAGUACAGAGAGGGUGGUGUUCUGAAACGAGCUGGGCACACUGAAGCAUCUGUUGAUCUUGCUGUUCUGGCUGGGCUACCUCCUGUUGGCUUACUCUGUGAGAUUGUGGAUGAGGAUGGAUCCAUGGCUCGCUUACCCAAGCUGCGUGAAUUUGCUGAACGGGAAAAUUUGAAGAUCGUAUCGAUUGCUGACUUGAUUAGAUAUAGGAGGAAAAGAGAGUGGCUAAUUGAACGUGCAUCUGAUGCACGUUUACCUUUGAAAUGGAGCAAUGUCCGUGGUUACUGCUACAGAUCUAUUAGUGAUGGAAUUGAACAUAUCGCAAUGGUGAAAGGUGAGGUUGGAGAUGGUGAAGAUAUUUUAGUGAGGGUCCAUUCUGAGUGCCUCACAGGAGACAUUUUUGGAUCAGCAAGAUGUGAUUGUGGUGAGCAGCUUGCAAUGUCAAUGGAGAUGAUUGAGAAAGCUGGAAGGGGUGUACUAGUUUAUCUUCGUGGACAUGAAGGAAGGGGCAUUGGUCUAGCUCACAAGCUUCGUGCUUAUAACCUGCAAGAUGAUGGCCGUGACACCGUGGAGGCUAACGAGGAAUUAGGACUGCCUGUGGACUCAAGGGAAUAUGGGGUUGGUGCACAGAUAUUACGCGACCUAGGAGUCCGUUCAAUUAAGUUGAUGACCAACAAUCCUGCAAAAUUCGUCGGUCUCAAGGGUUACGGACUGAGCCUUGUGGGCAGGGUUCCGUUGGUAACUCCAAUAACCAAUGAGAAUAGGAGAUACCUGGAAACCAAAAGAGAGAAAAUGGGGCAUGUAUAUGGUGCAGCCAAUGGUCAGGCUAACCGUCCGACUGUAGGCAACAGCACAAAGGAGAAGCACUAGACCAAAUGGAUAUGCUUCCAUUCAUAUUUUAGUUGAUGAUAUUCUGCUUUGGUGGAGUUUGGCAGAUUAUUUCACUCCAUGUGUUCCAGCUGAAUUGUUUUUUAUGUCAUUGAUGAUCCAUGCGUUCCAGCUGAAUUGUUUUUAUGUCA